GUGUGUGUGUGUGUGCAUUCAUUGCCCGGCUUCUGUGCGGCUGUUGCGAAGUUCACACUUCAUUACAUUGGUCAACACAGGUGGCCCAAACAACAAAAGCGAUCAUGGACAGCCCAAACGUGAACAGCAUGCCUCCGAUGCCACCUUUGAUGAUGCCGCCGGCACCGCCGUUCGGGCUAGCACCACCGCCGAUGCCGCCGGGCUUCCUGCCCCGACCCCCAAUGGAUGGGGCAGGCCCCAUGCUGUUGCCCCCUGGCAUGCCUAUGCCACCACACUACCCGCCGGCCUACCCGCUCUACCCGGCAAUGCCACCUCAGGUUCCUCCUCCUCCAGCAGCUCCGGCAGUCCCACCAGCAGUCCUGCCUGCUGCGACGUCAUCCCCAUCACAAGCAACCUCCUCUCCAAAACCUGAUGCACCUGCAGCAGCUUCCACACCGCCAGCAACACCAUCUGCGCCUGCUGAUAAUGCUGCACCAACACCUAGCAACCAACAAGCACCAAAGAGCAGCAGUUGGACAGAGCACAAGGCUCCCGACGGCCGCACUUACUUCUACAACCACGCCACUAAACAGUCCAGUUGGGAGAAGCCCGAUGAACUGAAGACGCACACCGAGUUGCUGCUGUCUCAGUGCCCCUGGAAAGAGUACAAGUCGGACACUGGGCGGACAUACUUCCACAAUGUCAUUACGAAGGAGUCACGGUGGACCAUUCCUAAGGAGCUCGAAGAGCUUAAAGCCACAAUUGCAGCCCAGGGAGAAACGAGCAAGGAGGAAGACUCUGUGGCCGACAUCCAGCUGCCAAGCAGCGCACCAGAAGAGCCUGCGGCCGGCGCGCCUGGACAGCCGCAGCAGCCUCAGCAGGCAUCGGCGCAAGCACAACCACCGCAGCAGCCACAGCAGCCACAGCAGCAGCAACCACAACAGCCGCAACAACUGCAACCUCCACAGCAGCAGCAGGGUGGUGAAGAAGAAGACAAGUCGAGUGAUGAGGAGGAGAACAAGGAUCGACCUAUCGAGUUCAAGGACAAGAAAGAGGCCAUCGAAGCCUUCAAGGAGCUGCUCAGGGAGAAGGAGGUGCCGAGCAAUGCCAGCUGGGAACAAGCGCUCAAGCUCAUCGCCAAUGACCCCCGUUACGGGACACUGCGCAAGCUUAAUGAGAAGAAGCAGGCCUUCAACUCGUACAAGGUGCAGAAGGGCAAAGAAGAAAAGGAGGAACAGCGGCUGCGAGCCAAGAAGGCCAAGGAAGAACUGGAAGAAUUCCUGCAGAAUAACGAAAAGAUGAGCUCGAACACGCGAUACCGGAAAGCAGACCAGAUGUUUAGUAAUGUCGAUGUGUGGAAGGCGGUGCCUGAGCGAGAACGCAAGGAGCUCUUUGACGACGUCCUCUUCUUUCUUGCCAAAAAGGAAAAGGAAGAGUCCAAGACGCUGCGCAAACGCAACAUGCAAGUGUUGGGCGACAUCCUUGACUCGAUGACGAGCAUCAUGCACAGUACCACAUGGCAGGAGGCCCAACACCUGCUCCUUGACCACAGCAUCUUUGCUGAAGAUGCCGAGCUUCUCAACAUGGACAAGGAGGACGCGUUAAUCAUCUUUGAGGACCACAUUCGAACGCUGGAGCAGGAAGAGGAAGAAGACAAAGAGCGUGCAAGAAGACGGCUCAAGCGUCAGCAGCGCAAGAACCGUGAGGCCUUUUUGGCACUGCUGAACGAGCUGCACGAGAAGGGAAAGCUAACAUCCAUGUCUCUAUGGGUAGAGCUCUAUCCAGUCAUUCGCGCUGAUGUUCGAUUUACCAAUAUGCUCGGCCAGCCAGGAUCUACACCACUGGAUCUGUUCAAGUUUUUUGUGGAAGACCUUAAGGACAGAUUCCACGGUGAAAAGAAAAUCAUCAAGGAGAUUUUGCGAGAGAAGAACUUUAUGGUAGAAGUGAACACAGUGUACGAUGACUUUGUCACUGUGAUCAGUGAAGAUAAACGGUCAGCCACCUUGGAUGCUGGCAACGUGAAGCUCACCUUUAAUAGCCUUUUGGAGAAGGCAGCGGCAAGAGAGAAGGAGCGACUCAAGGAGGAAGCCCGCAAGCAACGCAAGCUGGAGAAUGCAUUCCGGGCCAUGUUGAAAGGCGCCAUGCCAUCAAUUGACAGUGGCUCCUCCUGGGACCAGGUACGAAAGCAGUUUGAAAAGGAGCCUGCCUUUAUCAACCUGAGCUUAGAAUCGGAGCGGAUGCGGAUCUUCAAGGAAUACCAGCUCACACUGGAGGAAGCAUGCAGUCACCGCCAUAGUCGGUCGAAAAAGCACAGCAAGAAGAUGAAAAAGAACAAGAAACGUUCCAGAUCCCGUUCGGAAAGUGACUCAGACAGCUCCUCUAGAUACAGAAGCAGUCGAAAAAAGAAGCGAUCUCGUUCAGAGUCAGAUGAAUCUGAGUCAGACAGUGACUAUUCAGCAAGACGAAGGAAGCGAGAUCGAAAGAAGAAAAGGCAAAGCAGCGCCUCAUCAGAUUCAGAAUCGGAGCGCCGCGAAAAGAAAAAAUCACGGAGAUCACCGCAGCCGCCCCCGCCAGCCCCUGCUCAGCCUACAGCAGCUGCACCAGCCGCAGCAACAGCGAGUGGCCGUUCUCGGCGAAGUGGGAGUGCACGUGAGGAAGGCGAAUUGGACCAAAAAUGGACCUCGGACAGUGAUGUCAGCGAAGAGGAACUGGAAAAGCGGCGCAGGCAGUUACUCAAGCAGCUGGCGCAGCAUAACUAACAUCCUUCACAAAAUAAAAACAACCUUGAAGCUACAAGAGCCA